AAAACCCGCGCCAUACACCUCCCCUUCCUGGCUUUUGGAAGGAUUGGCAGACACCUGCUGGCAGGCUGAUUCUCACAUCAAUACUUUUGACAUUUGGGAACGCCUUUGGGGGAAAUUACACUAUCUUUGUGAAGUCGCGAACCGCGAUUAGCAUUUGACUCCCAUUGCUGCAUUCUGUGCCUAACGAUUAGCUGCGACCUGAGCAUCGCUUCCUUCCUGCGAACACACACCCUCUUCACCCAACUCAGCCGCCUUGUUCUGGAAUACCUCCAAGUGCCUUUUGUAGUCUGCAUCGGAUGUCAUCGGCUUAUUGAGACAACCUGUCAAAUGGUACGUAUCUCCUGGACAGUAUCCUCGUGUCGCCCACAAAUUGGUACCCAUCUGGUGGCGCUAUUUUGUGUGCGCUGCCUACAUGUUUGUCUUUUCAACCACGGGGCCUUAUCCUGACCUCUAUCUUCC